UCCGAAUCCAAAUCCAUCUCUUUCACAUCUGUCAAGUCUGCGUUUGUCAGACAAGAUGUUUUCGAAACCCCUGACGAUCGCUGCGGUGGUCCUUCAAUGCUUGGCCCUGCCAGCCAUUGCUCAGGUCACUCUGACCGGCUGUCACUUGCACGAUGGUGUUGAACAUUGUUUUCUCCCCAACGGCGAGGAGACUGAAAUCGGCCGUCCGACGAGCUCUUUAGUUAGCGCGUCUCCUACUGCGCCGACCUCUGUGGCUGCGACGACGACAGCUGCUGCGCAGACAACUGCUAUCACAGGCUGCCAUAGUCAUGAGACAACACAAUUUUGUAUCAAGGGCAAUGGAGAAGAAGUCCAGGUGAUGGCUACCCAGACUGGAAACACUCCUUUACCGACAGCAUACAAUGGAUGUCAUUCGCACGGCGCAGAGAUGUUCUGCAUCGCCCCCGACGGAGCCGAGGUGGAGGUGGUAGCUGCUGGAGCUGAAGGAGAGCACACAGACGAACAUGCGGGAGAAUCCGCCGCAGGGGCAUCUGGAGAAAGUUGUCACUUCCAUGCUGGUGUAGAACAUUGUGUAGGAGGGUCAGCAGAGGCUACCUGCGAGAGGAAAGAUAGGGACUACAACAUCAAACUUCGUAUCGGACUCAUCUUCCCGAUGUUGUUUGCAAGCGCACUUGCUGUGUACGCACCCCUAAUCAUGAAGAAGAUGCUCAAGAUGAACGGUUCCGGCAUCGUCUUCACCAUCAUCAAACAAUUCGGCACCGGUGUCAUCAUCGCCACAGGUUUCGUCCACCUCCUAACACAUGCCGAACUCAUGUUCGCCAACGAAUGCCUAGGCAAACUAAAAUACGAAGCCACCACAACCGCCAUCGCCAUGGCCGGCGCCUUCAUAGCCUUCCUAAUCGAAUACCUCGGCCACCGCCUCGCCAGCUGGCGUCGCCGUACCAUCACCUCCCAAGCCCUCUCCGCUUCCACCCCCAAAGAAGAGGCCGGCGCUGCUCAAGCAGGUGAGAUUAUAAAAGGGCACCCCUCGCACAGCGACUCUGACUCCCCCGGCCUCGCGGCACUGAGCCACCAUUACAAUACCGAGCCUUGCUCGGAGGUGAACCCGAAUGAUACGAUGACGGUGCUGGUUCUGGAGGCGGGUAUUAUUUUCCACUCGAUCUUGUUGGGGAUUACCUUGAUUGUCGCGGGGGACUCGGUGUUUAUUACCUUAUUCAUCGUCAUCCUCUUCCACCAAAUGUUCGAAGGUCUCGCUCUCGGUGCCCGAAUCGCUGCACUCGACCCCACCCCCUCAGAUGGCGAGAACACCGUCUCAGCCUGGCGCAAGACGAAGAACUGGGCUAUGCCUCUCACCUUCGCCGUCAUUACACCCAUUGGCAUGGCUAUUGGAAUCGGCGUUUUGCAUAAAUUCAAUGGGAAUAACCCGUCUACGAUUAUUGCCUUGGGGACGCUUGAUGCGCUGUCUGCCGGGAUUUUGAUCUGGGUUGGUUUGGUCAGUAUGUGGGCGCACGAUUGGUUGUUUGGCGAGUUGAAGGAUGCGCCGCUUGUGAGGACGGUGGUUGCCGGUGUGAGUUUGGUGUGUGGACUGGUGUUAAUGGGGGUGCUUGGGAAAUGGGCGUAAGGAAUUGGUUUUGGGAAAUGGGUAAAAAUUUGGGAAAUAAAGCCGGGAUAAAGGGGGAGGCAUUAAUUUGGGAGUUAACUUUAUGAAGGACAGGGAAUUUAAAUACUCUUCUACGGGGUAUUAGUAGGUAG